GCUUAGACAGGACAGGGAGUUUACACAGUGAUAUUCAUCUGUUGUUCUGCUAACUGUUAAGCACUUCUGUCCCUGGAAUCACACUCCAGUCAGUGGUUCCUGUGAAUAUGAAAUGACUGAAUCAAGCUGGGGGAGUCAAAGCGCUCUUCAUAUUUAAAAUCUUGUAAUCCUUUCUUAGUUUAGAAGAGCAAAACUUCCAGAGCUCUUGAGAGAUGGCUUUAGAGACAUGUGGAAGCUGUUUGAGUUGUCUGCUGAUUCCUCUUGCGCUUUGGAGUAUUGUUGUGAACAUCCUCCUGUACUUUCCGAACGGGAAAGCUCUGCAUGCUGCCAGCUCCCAGCUCCCCAACUACAUCUGGUAUUUUGAGGGCAUCUGUUUCUCAGGUGUGAUGAUGCUUCUUUUGGCAGUAAUUUUAAUAACACUGGAGUGUAGUGUGUUCUACCGGUGCUGCCAGAGUGAGAGCUGUAACAAAACCUACAGGAGUUUUAUUUCCAUCGUGUUGGCCCUGCUUGGAGUUGCUUUCUCAGGAUACAGUUGCAUCAUUUUCACCCUGGGUUUGAUUCAAGGCCCUUUCUGCAAUUCAUCAAGUGGAUGGGAUUAUAUUUUCAGAGACACUGCUGGGGGGUACCUCACAGAUUACUCUGCCUGGACUCGGUGCACAGAGCCCGCUAACAUAGUGGAGUGGAAUGUCAUUUUGCUCUCGAUUCUGAUAGCUCUCAGUGGACUGGAGUUGAUCAUCUGUUUUCUCAAAGUGGCUGCUGAGCUGAAGCGAACGCUCUGUGGGACCUAUUCUGUUUUUGGACAGAGGAUCUAUACUGAUAACACAUUUGUUGGUUUUGAUUAA